CAAAUUCCUUCGGAAUGAGAACAAUUGUGUUUCACUAAUAAUUAUAUUAAUUUAUUUUUAAAAGGGAAAAAUAUUUUCUGUGUUAAUGAUAAAUCAAUAUUUUAAGUAAUUUGAGAGAAAGCAAGAGAAAGUUUCUUAUGUGUAAGCAUUUAACGUGGCAAUCUUGAAGAGUCGUCAUUUCUUAAAGAAUCGUCCUCGGUUCAACACGUGCGCUUCGAAAUUCCUCAGCGGAACAAGUGACGCUACAAAUCAUCAUUGACAGAAAGGAAAAGAAAAGAGAAGAAAAACAGGAAAAAAGAAACGCAAGUAUGGACAUCAAAGAUUUUCUUGAAUUUGGCAAAUCUACCAUGGAUUUUAUCGUAAAUUAUAUGGAAACAUUGAGAGAUAGAUCUGUUUUACCGAACGUUGAACCAGGAUAUCUCAGUCAAAUAAUACCAGAGGAAGCACCUAAAAAAGCAGAGACCUGGCAAGAAGUUUUCAAAGAUAUUGAAAGAGUAAUUAUGCCUGGGAUAACCCACUGGAAUUCACCUAAUUUCUACGCUUAUUAUCCUUCUUCCCAAUCAUAUGCGUCCAUCAUUGGUGAGCUCUUAUGCGCCGGAAUUGGUGGUGUUGGAUUUUCUUGGAUAUGUUCGCCCGCCUUUACCGAAUUAGAAGUUAUAACAUUGAAUUGGGUUGGCAAAAUGUUAAAUCUACCAUCCGAAUUCUUAAAUUGCGGCAGUGGAUCUGGAGGAGGUGUUAUACAGGGUUCCGCAAGCGAAACUACAAUGAUCUGUUUAAUAGUGGCCAAAGAUAAAAAAAUCCGAUGUAUAAAAAAUAUUCAUCCAGAUUGGAACGAAAACAUAAUUAGAGGAAAAUUGGUAGCUUAUAGUUCAGAACAAGCGAACUCGUCCAUUGAAAAGGCAGGACUUUUAACUAAUGUACAAAUGAGACUGUUACCUACAGACGAAAAUUGCAGUCUCCGUGGGGAAACAUUAUUACGAGCAAUUAAAAAAGAUUUAGAGGACGGUCUUAUACCCUGUUACGUUUGCGCGACAUUAGGUACUACCGGUACUUGCGCUUUUGAUAAUUUAGAAGAAAUAGGACCAAUUUGUAAUCAAUAUGAUAUAUGGCUUCAUGUCGAUGCCGCGUAUGCCGGUGCAGCUUUUAUUUGUCCCGAAUAUCGACACUUAAUGGCCGGUAUUCAAUACGCUGAUUCUUUUAACGUCAAUUGUCACAAAUGGAUGCUCAUUAACUUUGAUUGUUCAGCAAUGUGGGUAAAGAAUUCCAAAUAUCUUAUUGAGUCGCUUAGCGUCGAUAGAAUUUAUUUGGCAUACGAUAAAGAGGGUCUCGCUCCUGAUUAUAGAAAUUGGCAAAUAUCAUUAGGACGUCGUUUUCGUUCUUUAAAGCUUUGGUUUGUUUUACGUCUUCACGGUAUAGAAGGAAUGCAACGACACAUAAGGCAUACUAUAUCGUUGGCACAGAAAUUCGCUAAAUACAUUGAAUCCGAUGAAAGAUUUGAACUUGUUACAAGUUCUAUGGCAUUAAUUUGUUUCAGAUUGAAGGGAGACAACAAUUGGACAAAAGAACUUCUUACUCGUUUAACCGAGCGGAAACGUAUUUACGUUAUUAUGGCAACGUUAUGUGAAAAAUACAUCAUACGGUUUUGUGUAUCCAGUCGAUUAUGUCAAGAACAGGACAUUGAAUUCGCCUGGAAUGAAAUCAAUGAACAAGCUACGGAAAUUCUUCAAACGAAGCUUCGUCCUUUAGAGGAAAUUUUAAUUCAACCAUCCGUGAAAUCGUACGAUCAUAUAGCGCUCAGGAUAGACAAUUUAAAUCAUAAGUCCAAGGACGUCUCAUAGAAAA